UUGAUGAUCUUGGUUGAUGACAGCAUUCAGCUCAGUGACGCUAUUAUGUACACGGAAGAGAUGUUUCAAUUAUUACCAGAAGCGAGUCUCAGAGCACUAUUGUACCACUAUUAUAUGGGGAUGACUAAGUCUUGUUCUAAAACUAGGAAAGAGUACAAACACAACUUUUGAACUAGCAAGUAUUGCUGUGAACACUUCAACAACACAGUCAGUGAGGUGAACAGCUUUGCAAACAAGUUAGCUGACGAGGAUGCGGAUACAUACCCUUUUGCCGACGUCAGUAUCCUUAGCAGAGCUCCACCCACAUUCGCGAAACUCUUGAUGCCUUUCCACAACGAAAUGAUCGAAACUUAAAACAAAAACACGGGUGAUGAGCAUGAUGGACGUUUCAAUUUCAACUUAUGAGGUAUGUAGGAAUCAGAAGCUCUAAUUCUUCUUCCCCUUUUCUAUCUCAACGUUGGCACCGGAACUUGGCCUGCCACUGCAAUUCAAUGAUGCAUUAUGCUCAGGAAAUCGAGAAAAUCUUCAACCAUCAAAGAUCCUUGACCGAAGCGGGUAUCGAGCCCAUUGUGUCCAGUUUAGUGAUUCAAGGACCCAUCCAUAAAGCGUUACGAUAGUUCGAGGAUUUCAGAAAUUAUGAGCUUGGAUGUAUGUUCAGUUUUGAGUAGAUCCAUAAUAUGUAUACAGCACAUGCUACUUAUUUUUAUUUCAGGGUACACCUCGUAUGAAAUUUACAUCCUCUUUUUAAAAAAUGAAAGCAUAGCUUCGCAUUUCUGUUUGUCUAUGGUUCACUUCACAAACUAGGAUCACUGUUAACGAAUAGCCUGGAAAUAAGUCCGUGAAAUGAAAGUUUUUCACCGAGAAGCGCAGCGUAACAUCCGCACCGCAGUCAUGAUAGACGGGUGAAAAUGAAAUUUAAGCUUCCCAGUAGGUACGGCUCACUGACUGCCAACUGCGAUGAUGGACUCCAAAAACGGCAAAUUGCAGCUGGCUCCACUUCUAGUGUUGCACCGUUGCACUACCUACUGGUUGAUGAGGACGAUGAAGAGAUGGAGUUCCAUGAGAUGAUGCUGAUGCUGUUGCACACAGGCACGAGGCAGGCACUCCGUGCCAUGGACCUAACCAGGCGUGUAGAAUUCAAUUCCAAACUAACACACUACUGAGGGAGCAGAACUGCGCCGCCAACAGUAGUUUGGACUAGUUCGCUCCACAUCGACUACGGUGGCGCGGAGUAAAUAGACAUCCUUGGCCUGCCGACGUCGACGUCGUCGGGUGGAAUCGAUGCGUGUCUAAUGAUGAUGACGUUGCUGAUGGAAAUGGACCCUUAGGAACCAAGGGAUGAAUAUAUUUGUGGAGUAUGGGUUAAGCGGAACGGUAUGAACUUUGCAAUCAGCCAAGAGAAUAGGCAACACAUGAUGUGAGGUUCAAAUUGCCGAGCAAACGUAAAGGCACAAACAUACUCAUCAGGUAUCGUGCUAUCGUAUAGGGUUAUAAUGUGCACUAGACCAGUGGGGUGACACGGCUGUCAAACUCGGUACAUCGCCGCUCCACCCAUCAUCAUUUUUGGUACGGCGUGUUUUGGUACCCACUUUCUGGUCGGUUUACCCUAACUUGCUCCUGAUUUUCGGGUGUGUGUCUCGUGUGUUGCUAGUGCUUAUUUCAGAAAUUACACAUUUUAAACGAAAUCGUUGGUUUUGAUGAUUGUUUCUCUUUCUUUAUCACUUUGCACGAUAUUAUGUGUAGCAGCGAAGCAGCGUCGAUGUUUCCAGCGCAUUUUUUUUCCAUGAAUUACACAAUCAAAACAAAACAUUGUACGCCAUGUUGAAUUGAAUGCUGGGUAGAUGAUUUUGGCCCUUCGUCAUCCCCCUGCACUAGACAGGCUUUAAACUUCUAGCCGUCUUGUAACUAAUUUCAGCUUUUCCAAGUAAGUGGUAAAUUGUUAGAGUUCAAACUUGGUUGUUUUCACUGGAAUCUAAAUUAGCUUAGAACGAGCUCAUCAAAACGCAAUAGUGUGUCUAUUGCCUCUGCAAUAGUCAAAUUGAAUUGACAAUACCAAAUGAAUGAUUGGGGGUUGCAAAAUAGUGAGUCGACAAGGAGCGUCCAACAUAGCUCUGGUCCUCACAAGUUCCUACCUCAUGCUUCCACGGGUCAAGCGAUGACAAAGACCGCCAGCUAAGAGUUGUGCGCUUAGCUGGAAGUGCAGCCUGGGCACUGUUUUCUUUCUGACUUCAGCUAGAUUGAGGUGAUACGUCCUGAGCGUAUUUUCACCAAGGAGGUGCGGCUCAAGCAGCUGAGUAUGACCGGAAGCUAUACCGGAAGGUGGCAGCGGGCAGCCCCACCACGGUGGAUAGGAGACCUUAGGCCAACAACCUACUGUUUCCGAAAACCAAAAAACCGUUACUGAAACCGAAAAUGAAAGAUUACGAACUGAUUCAACGGCAACGACUUUUAGCGCGAAACAGCGAACAAGAAUUGGAACUUAGAAUGUAUUAACCCUAGCCCAGCAGGGUAAACUGGCACAACUAGCCAAUGAGGCAUGCAGUAUGAAGCUUGAGAUCCUAGGACUGAGCGAAGUCCGUAGUCCGAAGGCCGAACUUUGGAGAACACAGAUUGGCGUCGGGUCAAAUUCUGCUAUACUCUGGCCUACGAGGUGAACACGCUCCUCGCCACCGUGGAGUUGGUUUCCUGCUCAGCGCUUACGCCCACGCUGCACUCAUAAAGUGGGAACCUAUUAAUGAGAGGAUAAUUGUAGCCAGAUUCAGAACACGGGUUCGAAACCUUACCAUGAUCCAAUGUUACGCCCCAACCGAUGCUGCCGAAUUGCAAGACAAAGAGAACUUUUACAGUCAACUGAAUGCUGUCGUAGACAAGAUUCCGAAAAGUGAUAUCAAGAUCCUCAUGGGCGACUUCAACGCGAAGGUUGGUUCCGACAACUCGGACUAUGAGCACGUCAUGGGACGCCAUCAUGGUCUCAGAGAAAUGAGCGAAAACAGAGAGCUGUUUGCAGAGUUUUGUGGCAACAAUGGCAUGGUGAUUGGGGGAUCGCUCCUCAUCGACCAGUGCACAAAGUGACAUGGGUUUCCCGUGAUGGCGUCACGGAAAAUCAAAUCGACCACAUCAGCAUCAGCCGAAAAUGGAGACGGAGCCUUCUUGAUGUGCGGAACAAAAGUAGCGCCGACAGUGUGUUCGAACAUCAUCUCCUAAUCGGCGAGAUCCGACUGCGCAUUGCCAGGAUCCAGCGACAUGAGGAGAAAAUCAGACGCCGGUUCAAAACACGCCGACUGGAAGACGCUGCGGUGAGAAGGUUCUUCGUCGAGGAGCUAGAGAACCGUGCCGCGGAUAUUACAGCAGGUGGAAGCGUAGAAGAUCAAUGGAACGCCAUCAAGAUCGCCUUCAUCGCCACCGGCGAGAAUAUUUUGGGUGAGCUACGCAAACGGAGAAAGUAGUGGAUCACAGAUGAUACCUGGAGGAAGAUAGAGGAGCAAAGGAACGCCAAAGCCGCGAUAGAGCGAGCGAAAAAACACGAGGAGCCAAAGCAGUAGCUCGUCAGCGCUAUUCGGCUCUCGAGAAGGAAGUGAAAUGCUCAUGUAGACGGGACAAAAGAGCGUGUGCAGACUCCCUAGCCGACGAAGGCGAGAAAGCCGCAAACACCGGCGACAUUCGUCUCCUCUACGAUGUUUCACGUCACCUUAGUGGGACUAAGAUGAAUGCUACGAUGCCCGUGAAAGACACGCCUGGGCAGUUACUGACCGACCCGGCUGACCAGUUGAAACGCUGGUUCGAGCACUUUGGAAACCUUUUUCAAGUGUCGGUCACGCCAUCAACACCUCAGCAUGAUCCGCCAAGGGUUCGACGCCUUACCCGUGUCAAAACCGAAGUUCCAUCAGUGCAGGAGAUAGAAACAGCCAUCCGUAGCAUGAAAUCGAACAGGGCCCCAGGAGUCGAUCGCAUAUCAGCUGAGAUGCUCAAAGCUGACUUCGUAGUAUCCGCACAACUACUGCAUCAAUUAUUCCACAACAUAUGGGAAACCGCGCCAUUCCCGGCCAUUUGGAUGCAAGGCGUCUUAGUAAAGGUACCCAAAAAGGGUGAUCUAACUGUAUGCGAUAAUUGGCGGGGCAUCAUGUUACUGUGUAUCGUUCUCAAAGACCUCUGCAAAGUGAUCCUUAACCGGAUACAGGAGAAGAUUGACGCAAUUCUUCGACGGCAGCAAGCAGGAUUCCGUGGCGGACGAUCCUGUGUGGACCAUAUUGUCACGCACCGUAUCAUCCUGGGGCAAAUCAUUGAAUUCCAAGAGUCUCUUUACCUGUUGUUCAUUGAUUACGAAAAAGCUUUCGACCGUCUCAAUCACGGAAACAUGUGUGGAGCCCUCAGGCACAAGGGUGUCCUUGAAAAAGAAAAAAGAAAAAUCAUUGGCCUCAUUCAAGCUCAGUACGAGGCAUUUUCGUUCAGAGUAGUACACAACGGUGUCUUAUCCGAUCCCAUCCAGGUCGUGGCUGGAUGUAUACUAUAAUCGCUACUGUUCUCAUCAUAAUCGACGAGAUCCUGGUAAGAUGCGAUUGAUCGUGAACCGAGCCGUGAGUUGCUGUAGCACCUCGUUACCAUGGAGCACCUAGAUGACUUCGAACUGACUAAUGACGCUACGCUCUUAGCUCAACGGCACUCUGAUAUGCAGAACAAGCUCGAUGAUCUUACCAAUCGCUCCUCAGCGGCAGGUCUUACUAUCAACGUCAACAAGACCAAAUCGUUGGAUGUAAACACGGUCAACCCUUCCAGCUUUACGGUAGCUGGGCAAUCAGUGGAGAAUGUUGAAAGCUUCCAAUAUCUUGGUAGCCAAAUGGCGGCCUAUGGCGGCACCAAGAUCGACAUAGGUGCCCGGAUCAAGUAGGUGAGGGCUGCUUUUGCGAGUUUAAGAAACGUAUGGUAAAACAACCAGAUUACUUGACGCACCAAAAUCCGAAUUUUCAGCUCGAACGUGACAUCUGUGCUGCUAUACGCCAGUGAAACCUGGUGUGUAUCAGCUGAGAACACUCAACGGCUGCAGGUCUUCAUCAAUAGAUGCCUGCAGUAUAUAAUUCGUGCAUGGUGGCCUUACAAUUGGAUCUCCAUCGUCGAUGUCAUCAAAAGCCAAUAGCGACAGAAAUUCGGGAGCGAAAGUAGAGUUGGGUCGGCCCAACCCCCCCGUAACUUGACAGAUGAGCUCAGUUUCGCGUACCUACUUGCAAAUAGCAGAUGUCGCUAUUGUUCGUAAACAACGGGUCCAUCCUUCACUGACGCUACAAUUUUUGUCCAUGCGAAAACAUAUUUUUGUUUCGUGGUGAGUGGAGCCAACAAGAGGCUAGCGUUUCGUAUCAAAAGGACGUAUUCAACAGAAGCGCAAAAACUGAUGUUCAUUAAAUUGAAAUUAUUUUGAUUUUUUCUUUUUGUUGUCGUAAGAAAUGUAAUAAAAGUACAUGUUUAAACGGUCUUCCUUAUUAAUUGAUGACUGCGCAUGCUAGACCAAACCAAGAUCAAACUCGAAAAAAAAAACAUCUGCAAAUGAUUGUUUUUAACUUCCACUUGGCCAUCAGAUAUGUAGCUGUAAAAUGUUAGCAUAAGUUACCUAAUUUAUUACUUGCUGGUGUUUAAUAACCGCACUAGAAGAAAACAUGAGUUUCUUAUUAAUUUUAUGAAAGCCGAUUACUUUGCCUUUACUUGUUUUAUAGAUAUAAUUUUCGCUUCUAGUAAACAAAUUCAUUAUGCCGCACUUAAUUUGCAUGUAUCUACCACAAAAAAUGCGGAAACAACAAAUAAAGGUUUCUGUUUAAUGUUUUAAUAUUUUUUGUUCGGUUUGUUAUUGUCGGUUUUCGUUCUUUUCAAAAGUAGCGCUUGCCGCUUUGAAUCUGACAGUACCACCCGGACCAAAAUUUUUAGGUACGCUGACAUUGUUCGGCAGCUGUCAAGAAGCUCCCGGGUUGGGUCGGCCACACUCUACGCAGGGGCGGAAACGAAAUUUGCAAGCAAGCGUUAGAUUGGAACCAAGCAGGACAACGCAGCAGAGGCAGACCCAGAGGCUCAUGGCGGCACAACCUAAACAACGAGAUCAAGCAAGUCAACAGGAAUUUACUCUGGCCACAGGUCACGGCAAUGGCGGGCUAUCGCUCAGGAUGGAGAUCUUUCAAUUCGGCUCUUUGCACCACCGUGGGUGGUCAGAACUGAAAGGAAGAUAAGUUGCAGCUGCGAAUAUUGAACGUGUGACGCCAACUCAGCAUGUGGUAAACAAGCUUUCCGAAUAAAAGUGCAAAAUAAAUACACGGUACUAAAUAACGAAGAAUGAAGUGAAGCUUUUGCUGCUGUAAUAUUUGAUUGGUGAUUUUACCUCAGCUAAGUGAAGAGGAAAGCAUACAUAGACGUGUUGAAUAUGCGACGAAAUGCUCCCGUAAACAAAAUUGUGGUACAUAUAACCGUCGAGGGACCAUCGAAAACAACCGUCGAGGAUUGCGACAAGUGAAGCUGGCUUCGGAAUACACGGAUGUGUCGGAUUCGCCAGCAAGAAGAGUGCACAACUCAUUAUCACAUGCCUCCCCCUGUGACGACAUUCGCCUCAACUCGAUGAGCCCCGGCGUGGCAACAACCGCCGAAGGAACGACGUUAGCAUGGUUCGCAUGGCAGGUUCGAAGCUGUUGGCACGACUACUGCUACUGAUCUCAUCGGUCACGUUGGUAUCGCUGCUGGCACUGACCCGCUGCGGUCUCGGUGGCCUCAUCGCCACAGAAAACGGCUUCUCGAACGGUGCAGCGGCCCUCAACGGAGAGCGUGCUGGCGGUGCACCGCAAGCCUUCGGCGUCGGCGGAGAUGAAGAGUACGCUGCUGGUCCCGGUUCGGGGAUUCGAGAGUCUUCCGCUGCGCUACCUGCGGCAAGCCGUUUCACGAAUGAUGAACAGCAGAAUGGGUAUCUGCAGAUGUUGCAACAGCGCGAAGAGGAGAACCUCAAAGAGGUAGCGAAGCUGACGGCCGAGAUCAAGGCGCUCAAGCUGCAGAUCUUGCAGAUGAGGAACGCUCAGCCGGGGGAACUGCUUCCGAAUGGGAGCUUGAGCAGUGGAACGUUGAAUUCACCGCAAACACCAAUCAUUCACGAUUGUUCGGCAUUCAUUCGACGGCAGGUCGGAUCUGCGGAGAUUCUCCAUGGGCUUCCAUUGAACAACGAGUACGAGUUGAUUCCCUUCAACCAUUUUACGUUCAGCCGGGUGUACCCGAUCGAGUUGGGAUUGGGGAAACGAGUGGUGGAGAAGCCCAUCGGGUACAAGAGACGGGACAUUCUAGGGGCGUUGAACAAAGCGAUCGAGACGCUGAAUCGGAACAUAACUGCAAACAUGAUGAAAUACACGCUGGACGACUUCACGGAGGGUAUCUACCGAAACGAGCCCACCACGGGGACGCAAUAUGAGCUAUACUUUCGUACGAAAGAACUCAACAAAAGCGCUUCAUCCAGCGGACAGCAUCACGAUCACGGCAACCACGGGACGACCAAGCUGAUCGUGAUGAGGCCGUUCGCUCCGCUGCAGACGAUCCAGAUGGAGGCCUUUCCGAAGCAGCAGGAAAAGGAACUGAUCCAUAUCAUACUGCCUUUGUCCGGUCGGACGUCGACCUUCCAGAGCUUUAUGGACAAAUACGUGAAGAUCGCGCUGAAGCACGACAAGCGGGUGCACCUGACGGUGAUCUACUUCGGCGAGGAGGGUCUGUCGGAGGCGAGGUCGAUCAUGAGCCGGGUGAUCGGUAUGAAGAACUCCGGAGGAAAUUCGUCCAAUCUGAAGCUGUUGGCGUUGAACGAAACGUUCUCGAGGGCUAAGGCUCUACGAGUUGGUGCUGAAAAGGUGUGGAGCAGCAAUGUAAAUAAGGACAAAGACGUGCUGCUGUUCAUGUGUGAUGUAGAUAUAGUAUUUAGCGCUAAAUUCUUAGAUAGAUGCCGAUGGAACACUAAACCGAAUCGAAAGGUUUACUACCCGGUGGUGUUCAGCUUGUACAACCCGCACGUGGUGUACACGUUGCAGGGUAAGGAAGUGCCUCCGGAAACGGAUCAGUUGCUCAUUUCGAAGGACUCCGGUUUCUGGCGGGACUUCGGGUACGGCAUGACCUGCCAGUACCGGUCCGAUUUCCUUAAGGUGCGUGGUUUCGACGAGGAAAUCAUCGGUUGGGGCGGUGAAGACGUCAUGCUGUACCGGAAGUACGUGCGAUCGCACAUCAAGGUCAUCCGGGCGACAGAUCCAGGUAUUUUCCACAUCUGGCAUCCCAAGAUCUGUACAGGUGUGGCAGCGGGCCAGAAACUUUCCGUUGAUCAGUACCGGGCGUGCAUCCGAUCCAGGGCGUUGAACGAAGCGUCCCAUGCCCAGUUGGGAUUCCUGGCCUUCCGGGACGACAUCGUUGCCAACGAGGGUAAGAUUUUGAGCGGCCUGAAGCUCGGAAACUCGAGCAAGGUGAAUCAGAAGGUUAGUAGAAGUGGCAGCGGCGGUGGUAAUAAGACGAGCAAGGACUCGGACAAGAAGCUUACAACGACAGAUCACAAUAAGAAGAGCACAUGAUCUUUCAUGAUACAGCAUCAGGAAAGUAUCUGGCGCAUUGAAUUCUAGGUUAGACCAUCUUAGUAGGACCAACAGCUAAAUAGACGAAGCGCGACAUAGGUUAAACAAAAUCAAAUUCCUGAUGUUUGUAUAAACGGGCUAGUCGAAUAGAUCAAGUGAAUUUAUCACACCUUUCUUUAGUUGAUAUUAAGUUUUCAAGACAAGUUAAAUUGUAAAUACAUUCCGUAGAAAGAAAAUAUUUCUCCUUCCUAAGAAUUAGGAUUCCAAUUGAAAUGAAGACUUUUAGAUCAAAUUUAGAAAUCAGCCAGAAUUUACCAAACUGCUCAACCUUUUGAAUAGAAACAGAUGAACGGGAAGUAAAAAGUGUUACGGUCACUGAUCAGAAGGCAAUUAAAUAAUUUUUCCUCGACACCUCCACCUACAUCGUCCGAAUAUGGACGAGAACGCAUGACGAAUGGUACGCGUAUCGUUCGUGAUUAUCUUCAAACUGCGGGCGUGCAGAACGAUAGCCGCGGGACGGUCCGGAAAUGAUCAUUGGUCGAGUAAAUAGAGCGAUGACAAACACGUUCGUUUGUUGGAGAUCAUCCGUGGCCAUUAAAUACAGUUUUUUUUUAUCGGCACCAACGUGCGUUAUCUAGUUUGUAAUUUGUUUGUAAGUGGGAAAGUACUUUUCAGUGACCUGAAGCGAACCGCGUUGCUGACAUUAGUUCCAUUGCCAAACAGCAGGUUCAGCGAAGAAUGCGAGCGAUUAUGUAAGAGUUUAAAUUGGAAGAGAUUGUUAAUAUUUUGAACUUAGGUUUUUUGAAAAAUCAGUUAGAUUUUCUUGUGGUUGGGACGAUUUAUCAAUUGUAAAUAUGUACGAAGUCGUGAGAAACUAAUGAAAACGUCAUGAAAACCGAUAAUAAUAAUUACUUUUGAAGUAUUAGAAAGUUUA